AAGUUUCUACAGCCUCACCCUAUUUUCAUCAGCUAUAAAAGACCACUGAUAUGAGUUUGUCAUCAUUUUAUUCACCUCCUGACUGAUCAAAGAUGGAUCUGAACAUUUUUAUUGUUCUCCUUUGCACUCUUUUCGCUGGAGGACGUGCACUUAAAUGUAAUGAGUGCAUAGGUGUGCCGGGUUCUUGUGUAAGCAAAGAGACAACGUGUCCCUCUGAAGCUAAUACAUGUGCAAGUGCAACAGUGGUAUCAACCAUUGGCGACACUUCGGUAACUAUGCAGGCUAAGAGUUGUGAUGUGAUACAGAGCUGUAGAAAUGGAUCCCUUAACUUUGGCGUUUUUAGGUCAAAAGUAUCCAUGCAGUGCUGUAACACAGACCUUUGUAAUAGCAUAAAUGUCCCAGAUUACAUCUCUAACAGCGCCAAUGGAAAACAAUGUUACUUCUGUGAUGGGAAGAACUGCUUGAACACUUUAAACUGUUUAGGAAAUGAAGACUACUGCAUUACAGCAACAGCAAAUAUUACAUCUCUGCCAACAACUGUAAAAGGAUGUGUCUCUAAAUCUGUCUGUGACUCUGCAUCACAAGUGACUCAAGGUUUCAUGGGCUUAUCAUGCUGUCAGGGGGACCUGUGUAACGAUGCUAAGAGCAUCACACAAAACCUCCUCUUUCUCUCCUGGCCGCUCUUCUUUUACAUCCUGAUCCACUAAAUUCAACUUUACAGCAUGAAAAGUAAAAAUGACAACAUCACUGAAACAACAGAAUGUGACAUAUUUUGGAACAGUGCUUAACACAUUUAUUAGACCACCACCCAAUGUAAGGUUUGUGCCACAUAUUUCUAAUGCUAAAAUAUAAUUAUUGUUGUUAUUUACUUGUGGUCCUUAAUAGGAAACUGGAUUUUAAUGGGUUUUUUAUUUAUUUCUGACAUCUGAGAGAAGUUGAAUGUGCUGACUCACAUUUGGGUAUAAAAACACAAUUAAAUUUGAAAUCGAUUACUCGUGUUUAAAAUGAUGAAACACAAAUCACAUUAAAGCACUUUAUGAUUCUGGAUGAUUUUUGUUUAGCAUUUUAGAUUAAUUUUCAUUGUUACUGUAUAUAUUGUUAAGGAAAGAUAUAUUGGGUUAACAGAAAAAAAGUAUAAAAUAAAAUAUAACUUUAACACUUUUAAAAUUAUGCACAGAUCUUGUCUAUGGUAUAUUAACUGUAAACCAAACCUACAUCUUUCACAUAACUGCUACCUGAUUUUUGUGUUACCGAGAAAUUAUGUUCUGAUGCGUAUAACAUAUUUUAUUAUGUUUACUAUCAUACUAUUAUGUUACAAGUUGUUUUAUAUGCCUUAUUUCAUAUUUUUAUUGCUCUUAUUGCAUCAACAAUGUUUCCUGCUAUACUAAGUCUUGUACUUUGUCCUUUUCCUGUCAAUAGUUUCAUCACUAGUCCCACCACAAUCAUAAAUUAAUCAAAAUAAAAUAUUUUAUGAUAA